AGUGGGUUAAAGUGUGUGUGUGUGGCUUCACCAACCCACCCACCCCCCUUCCACUGGUGCUGCACUUCCAGGGGAAUUUACAACAGCGUGUUUUCAGCUGCCAUGAAAGGAGAGUCCACAUCAUCAUGUUGUCUUCCCAACCAAAACACUUCAGAUUGUCUGGGAGCUCCAGACCUGUUGAGUGGAGAGGAACCGGCUGGUGCUGAGGCUUCCCAGGUGUGCGGAUCACUGCUGGGCAGAGGGGCCAUGAACAGACACCUGGGCAGGAGAGAGCAGCUGAAGAAGUUGUGUCUGGAAAGUGGCCUACCGGAGUACAUGGACGCCAACAAAUGCAUCGAUGAGCUCUUAAAACAGCUUGAGGAGGAGCGCAGAAAUGUCCGAAGGGAGAAGUUGGCAGUGGCUCGCCUUCAGAGGGAAGUCGCACGGAGCAAGAGCGAAGGAACAAUGCGAGAAAAACUGAUCCACGAGCUAGAGGAAGAGCGACGCCUGCGACUGGAGAGCGAGAAGCGUCUCCGGGAAGUGACGGAGGAGUCUGAGCAGGGACGGGCGCAGAUGGUUUCACUGCAGCAGCAGUUCUCCAGGAUGGAAGAGACAGUGCGGUCCCUGCUGCAGAAUCAGGGCGGCGUCCUGGAGCAGACUGCUGUGGACACGGUGGACAUCAUGAAGGCCUAUAAGGAUAAACUGUUAGAGGAAGUGCAGAAACGUCACGACGGCCCCGCAGAGAACGAUAUCCCGCCGGCGACUCCAGCCGAGCUGGAUCCCGAACACGAUGGCAUCCAGGACCAGGAGGACAAAGACAAAACCAAGCCCCUUCUGGAGCGCCUCAAGGCCCUGGAGGAGGAGAACUCUGCUUUGGCCUUGGAGAACGAGAGCCAGAGGGAGCAGUACGAGCGCUGUCUGGACGAGGUUGCCAAUCAAGUUGUGCAAGCACUCCUUACACAGAAGGAUCUGAGGGAGGAAUGUCUGAAGCUGCGAACGAGAGUUUUCGACCUUGAGCAGCAAAACCGAGCUCUCAGUGUUUUGUUCCAGCAGAGGAUCAAGCCUGCGUCGGACCUGCUUCUCCAGAAACUCCACUCUCGGAUCAUGGAUCUGUCUGCGGCUGAUCUGCUGCUGGAGCCGGAGAGAAGCAAGGCUUUCCUGCUUUCCAGGAACACAGACUCUCCUUCUACCGAGGUUCAGUUAACUGGAAAGCCUGGGCUCCCUGUGGCAAAAUGUUUGAGCCAGCUGAGUCUGACCGUGCCCCCGCCCAUCUACCCACGCAGCAGCUGCAGCAGCAGUGAGAUAUCCUUGUCGAGCGCCUGCAGUGAAUUCUCCAGCGGCUCGUACACCUGGAAUGAUGGACGCUCCUGUGGGAAAAUGUCUUCUCUUACGUGGGAGAAGAGGCUGAGUUUGGGUUCAUCAGCUCCGAGUAACAUCUGCGCUCCCGCAGAGGAGCAACGACCCACAAGAUGCAAGGAGAGCCACAUAUUAGAGGGACUCAGGAAGCUUCAGAGGAGGAAACACAGGAGUUCCUCAUGUUCUUCAAAGGUGUCCAGAUCAGGGUACAAAGACUGCAUGAACUCCAAUGAGGGUAUCUAUUCCCUGGGUAUCAAGAGUGGAACUAAAGGGGUUUCCAAGCCCAGCCAGUGUAGUAGGACUUCCGCUGCUCGCAGCAAGCAGUUCUUUUACGAUUCGGAUGAUGCCGAUGAUGAAUUGGCACAGUCCAGCUGCCGAGAUAACAUCCCCACCAAGGACAGUUGGUUUCACUGUAAGAGACUCUCGCACAGCAUCUCGGACAGUUUAUGUAGCUGGGAGGGGACGCAGGAAAGUGGAACUGGACUCGGUGCUUCUUCAGGACUAAUGGUUACAAACCCUUGUUCCAACUGCGACUCCAAAGAGCGUCCAGAGAAGCUUGUAAGUUUCGUCAACAAUUUUCUCUCGGAUGGAGAGCACAAAUCAGCUUUUAGUAAACCAUCAAAGCUUCAUUUCAACCCCCCUGAGCCAGAGAGUCCCAAGCGCCUCUGUGAUGUGGACAACCACGAGGAACUCAAAUCUGAGUGCGGUAAUGUCCGGAUGUCCUGUGACCAGUCAACAGAGCAAGCAGAGAGGGAGUUCAAAAGACUCUCUAGGGAUGCUGCCAAGCUCCUCAAGCAGAAAUAUUUGGGCAAAGACCAGGGGCGCACCCAUUCUGCAGAUGGGAGAACCAUACCUUUUAGCCUGAUGAAGGAGCCACAAGCAUCCAAGUGCACCCAGUCAGAGGAAAGCAUACUGGCUAUAUUUGAUGCAGAGGGUGAACCUAUUGAGCUCUGUCCCCAAAGGCUUUCAGCAGAAGCAGAUGAAAAUCAAGGUGGCAAAAAAAUAGCUAAUUAUGCAGAAUUAGUACAAAAGGAGAGGCCAACAAGACAAAUAUCUGCAAAUGCAAGAAACUAUAACGUUCUUGAAUCUCCAGAAAAGUCCUCGGCGUGUGAAUCCUGGACUGCUAAAUCAGGCAAUAGCAGGGAGGGAAGUGCAGAAAGACUGUCUUUGCAGCUGACGCCUCAGAGAAAACUAAUAAAACCUCCAAGCAUCCGUGCAAGUAAAGGUCAGUCUAUCCCUCCAUUAAAGGACGGUGCUUCCUCCAAGUCUAGUGGUUCAAAGAUUCCUGGUCGGAACAGACCGUCAGCGUCACCGCUGAGGGUGUCUAAAGGUUCAACUGAACCAAGCAAUAGUGGAAACUCAGGAUCCUCCAAUCAGGAGAAAUCCCCUUCUUCUCCGACAGUAAAGCUAUCCAGAUUCAUCAAAACACAAACAAGCUCUCAGAGUCCAAAGGCUGUAAACUCCAAGCUUUCCAACAGGGCUGAAUGGAGUAAGGGUCCUUCAUCCACUUCCCCCCAGCUCCCAAAGAGGCUCUUGGAAUAUGGUGACACAAGUGAACAACCAACCAGAGACAAACACUGUGAACCUAGCAAAAAUAAACUCAGGUCUCCCUCUCCUCCCCCUCCCCCGGGCCGCACCACCUCCUUACUGAUCAGACCAAAUUAUGAAAGUUCACCUCAGGCACAUAAAACAGGGGUGACUCAACCAUCCACACUAACCACUGGGAGAGGGCCUCCCCCAAGUUACUACACCUCAUUAGCACCAAAUAUGCAAACCACUUUACCCAUCAAGGAUAAAGACUGUUUGGAUUUGGACGCAGGCUAUGGGACUGCACUUGCACCUCAGAAACUGGUGGAAAAAACCAGUCAGCACCUUCAGAAGUCCCCCAUUGUGACUCAGACUCCUACUAAAGGCACUUCGAAACGAACAAAAGACUACCUCCCUUCUGCAAACUCAGGGUGUGCUCGCGAACCUGAUAAUGCACCUCGAAGCUCAAAGAAUGUCCCUCCUCCUUACAGUGCCCUAAGAGAGUCCUCCCUACAAAAUACAUUUGCGAUCAAGAAAGGACCUGAUCAUGAAAAUGUUAGCCAGACAGUGCAAAAGAUCUCGAUAGGUUUACCCAUAGCCUCCCAUGACUCCUCCCAGUGUCAGACAGAGCCGCAGAAUGGUAAAGCCAUAACUAGCCCUCCUGCCUCUAAUAUUACGUCGCCUAACCAGACAGAAAAGGCCUCAAAGACUCGUAUCCCAAUGGGUUUUAAAGCCUUUUUAAAAUCACCUCCAACAAGUAAGACUAGUCCCACUGUUCCAGGUAAACAAGAGAAAGAUCAUAUCAACUCGGUCUCCAAGGAGACCGUGACUUCAAAUGCUUCGACCCAGUGUGACGCCUUGCAAGCAGUGUACAGUAUUGAUUUGCCACCCAAGAUGUCUUCCACAGAGGGGAAAGGGGAAGUUCAGUGCUCCGCACAAGAAGACGAAGUGCCCAUCACUGUGUUGCCUGUCGAAGGCGAUGGUUGUGAUAAGGGGAAACGGAGUAGUCAACUCUUUGGUCGAUCCAUAUCUGUUACGACAAAAGCCCACCUGAAACCAGCUUUGGGAAUGAACGGCGCCAAAGCUCGUAGCCAGAGUUUCAGCACCAACUACAUGGAGAAACCUAACAUCAAUGGGCUUGAAGGGCCGGGGAAAAUUCGGACUCAGAUCAUUACCAACUCAGGUGAGAGGGGAAACUCUCUUUCAAGGCAAAGUUCUUUGGACGUACCCACCGGUGGGUUAGCUGAGAGCCCGGUCCAUUCACCCAGGACGAGGCUGAGCCACUAUGGAGGCAUGACAGCUUCAGCCAGCAGCAAUGUCCUCCCUGAAAAAAACUCUAAAUUAGGUUCUAAGUGUGAAGGCGUCACCUCGCCAUCUCAUAAAGAGGUGCGAAGCCUGCCAACGAGCGAUAAGGCAAGUUUCAAUAACAUCCGGAAACCAAAAGUUGCCUCUCAUCCACAAUUUCAUUCCCAUCCAUCCUUUUAUGGUUCAGAAAACCCUGCAAGAGAGACAGAAACCCUGGUACCCAGUCCAAACGAACCAGUCAAAACCCAGUUGGAUGCACAGAUUAAACCAUCUGAUGCAGAGGAGCAGAAAAUCAGCCCGACAGCUUGCACAAUUGAAGAGAAAGUCAUGAUGGGAAUUGAGGAAAACUUACAAAAAUCCCAAGAACAGGAGAAGGUAGCCGCAAGUGAGCACAAACAAAAGACCGGCCCAUCUCUCGCAAACUGGUUCGGCCUCCGGAAAAGCAAGCUUCCAGCUUUGAGUGGCAAAAAGUCGGACUCUCCAAAGGGAAAAGAAGAGAAGAAGGACCUAAAGGUCGGCUCCGUCCUUGGGGUAAAACCGAUCAAGCCAGAGAAGAAGAAAGACAAAAAGAAGGAGAGCCAGGACGUACAGAAUCUGUCUGAGAUGAACAACAAGCUGAGCGCUAUCAUGGACCACUGCAACAAUCAGAUGGGUCAGAUCACCAGUCAGAUCCAAUGUACAACGGCAUUCAUCGGGAAAGACCAAUUCGUCAAAGACCUCCUUGGCAGGACGGCUGUGAAGGUCAACGGCGUGACAGCCUCACCACCGGCCAUGUCAACACCCAAGAAGCAUGGCGAAACGAAGGCCGACAUGCAGAUCUGUACUGAAACAGCGACCCUUCUAAUGACUCAGAAGAUCAGUCUGAAGGUCGAAAACGAGGAUGGACACAUGCCGGACUCCACCUGUCAAGACCACAUGAUAGGCUCGAGCUGCCAGAUGCGAACUCUGGACAGCGGCAUCGGCACUUUCCCCCUCCCAGACUCCGUCACCCGGGCCGGCGGCCGCCACGUCCCCAAAUCUGAAUCUGGUCCGGACGGGGUGGCCGCCAGCACCUCUGAUCCCUCACAAUCCGACGCAACAGCACCUUCCCUCCUCAAAACAUGCAGCAUGGCCCACUCCGCCUCCGAGCCCAGCGUGACCAGGAGGAACGUUCCAGAAAUCCAGAGCCGCCUGCCCAAACCCUCCUCCUCAGAUGCAAUCAGAGCCAAGAGGAUGAGUUUCGGUGCUCAACGCAGCAGCAGCGCCUCCGCCUCCACUGAAGACGGGAUGCGGAAGAUGAAAACAAAGGAGCAGGUUUCAACUGAAAGAGCCCUGAAGGUGCGCACAUACUUGGGCAACACCAGUGACACUGAGACAGAACCCGAGAAAACCAACACCACCUUAGCAUCACCACAACAGAUCAACAGGACCGAAUCUGUGGAGCAGAACGAGGACACCCUAAAGAGCCGGAGGGUUGAGAAAUCCCUUUCCAUUAUGGACUACUACCAGCAUGAGAUGUUCUCCCAUCUGGAGAAGGACGGCAAGAGGAUCUCCCAAUACAACCUGUUGCACAAAGAAUCCUCGCUGGAUGGGAAAGCAGGAGACAGGAUCAGUAAGGACCUUUCGAUGGAGAAGCUGGCCAUCAGUCCGAGUCUUGACAUCUCCUUAGACUCCUUAAACAAGCGGAACCACAGCACCGCCGGCAGCCUGUGUGCAGACACGGGCUUGAGUGGCCUAAAGGGUGACGCCAGUGCUGAUGCGGGGAAGAGUGGCUGCAACGUGAGCGAGCCCUCACCUUCCUCUGGUUUGGCAAAAAGGCCUGGAGUGGAUCCUGUGGGCUCCCUCUGUGACUCUCUUUAUGACAGCUUCUCCUCCUGCACCAGCCAGGGAUCCAAUGGUGUAUGAGAAGAUGCUAUACAUGAGGAUUUGAAGCUGGGUCUUAGUUUCUGGGCCUUUACCUUAUUUACUUAUCUUUUCAAAUUCUAUCAGUGAAUUAAUAAGUUGGAUGCUGAAGGGUACAGUUGGUGCUUUAGGUAGAUUUGUAGCUUGAUUUUCCAUUCCAAGUGGGUAUGAGAAACUGAAAGCUAGUGUCUCUGCUCUUGGCUCAGUCACCAAGGUGUUUUCUAGAACCCAGUCAUACACAUGAUCUCAACCCUCCUUAAAAAUCUCUUGAACUUUAAUGACACCCAUGUGUUUUCAGCCUGACCGCUUACCUCUUGCUAGAUCUAACAUGGCUGUAUUGGUGCUUUAACCUAACCUGUUCUUGGGCAAAACCAAAAGCAAUCCAAAAAGUUUGUCCGCCUGGGGCAUUAGUCUUGGAAUCAGUCUAGGAUUCCACUGGAAUAUAAUUUUAUUUAGACAAGACUGCAGGCAACUUUUUGUGUUUCAUAAACAGCAAAGAAAUGUAGUCUAAAACAUUGGGCCUUGUGUACCUCUAACCAAUAACCUCUAUUGGUUUUUAAGUUUUUUUUUUCUUGUAAUGAUACAUUCAUUGGUGGAUUUAAAGGAGUGUUUAUGAAAAUCAACUGAUAAUCAUUUGUUUAAGGUAUUAAUGCCCUUGUUGUUUUCUUUUUUUUACAAGACAUCAAACUUUCCAAAACUAAAGACACUGACCCAGCUUUUAUGUGGUCUGGCAACCCUUCAAAGAAUUAGAAACAGACGCUUUGUAGGUCAAAAGUAGUGUUGUUCCGAUACCACUAACAGACAAGGCCCUGAUCCAGCACUAAAAUAGUGGUAUCGUAUCAUCCAGUACCGACAUACUUAGCACCAAUACCAUUUUGAGAGCCAAAAGUUUAUUCAACUAUUGUCACCAAUUCCAGGUACGCAAUAAAAAGUUCUACUGGAUUCACCUUUAUUAGUCUUUUUCCUGCUUUACAAAUGUAGGCAGCAGCUUGACAAAGCCAUGACGGCAAUUAUUUUACAUCCAAGUAGUAUGCAAUUCUUCAUAUACACACACACACACGUAAAUUUCAAACAGAUCGUAUCGGUAUGAUGUCAGUAUCAGCCAAUACUGCACAGCCAGGUAUUGGGUAUCGAUAUCGGGGCCAAAAAAUAGCUUCAGUGCAACACUAGUCAAAAGGUAAACAACCGGAGGUUUCAACAAGAAUUAUCAGUAAAAAAAAAAGAUGUUAAAACUCAAAUCAGUCGACAAUGAAACCCUUUAACAUUGCCGAUUAGAUGGAUACAUACCUCGUUUUAGGCCAGAAACGUUUUAAGGUUCAAGUAAACCUCUAUUACUUAUGGAAAAUACUUUAAAAGUUCCUCCACAAAGUGGUAUUUUAGUCUUUCCAUGAGACAAAAGCACUUAUAAGAGCCAACAAAGGAGGAUAGACUUGCCCAUAUUAGAGCUUUGAAUAGUUAAUGUCUAGAUGUGGAGGACUGGGCAACAAACUCUUACGUUGAAACAACUACGGUGGGACAGAUCCUAGAAAGCCUCCUCCAUUUCUGACUUCAACUUAAUUUUGAACCCAGAUAAAAUGAUAUUGUAUCUUCAUUAAAACAAAAAACGGCCUCUGUUGGGUUGCAUCAGUUGGUCAUAAAAUCAAGGUUGAUGUUAGUCACAAGCUUAUGGCUUGUCUCCUCUACUGGUUUGUGUCUCUUUGUAACAGGUUAGGGUAAGGAAAAUGUACCAGAAGAAAAACAUGUGUAUCACAUUUUCAUACGGCCUAAUUUUUCACAAGGUCCAUCAAUCCAUCGACUGUUUGAUCUGAUCACUUCUACCUUCAUAGUCGGUAACUCAGGGAAAAUUCUGGACUCGCAAAGAUUGUUUUCGACCCAUACGAGAAACAUUUGAUCAUCUUUUUGAGUUCAGAUUAAUAAUUUCCAGAAUCAGUUUCAUUCCCAUGUAGCAUCACUGCAAACCUGACCUUUCUACUGUCCUCAGUUUUUUUUUUCCAAAUGUUUGUAUAUUAUGUUGUAUAUAAAAUCAUUAUAAGUUAAUAUCAGAACGGGCAUCGCUGAUUCUGUGGGGAAACGUUUUGUAAUGAAAGCUGUACAGUUUUUUUUUUGCCAAUCAUUCAAUUUACUUUUACAAAUCUACUGUUUAAAAAAUAGCAUGAAUCUUUUCUUAUCGGAGGUUUUCUGGUUUAAAGAGUAAAUUAUAUUAUUUUGAAUCAACAAAUGCAAAAAAAAAGCAACUUUAUUUUAGAGUCAUAUUUGAACUUAAGAUGUAAUUAUGACUUUUUUUUUGUGUCUCGGAAUUUGACAAGCUGGUGCUAAUAAACAGAGCCAACUUUUGAUUUCUUUCUUUCUUUCUUUUCUAUGAGACUGUAAUAAUUGUAUGAAAAGAGUCUGAAAACGAAGACUUGUGUAUUUUUCUAGAUGUCCAGUAUUUAUACCCACAUUUUGUACUGUCGGGCUGUAGUGUGACUGUCAUACUUCACCUCUUUCCUUAAAUGUUUCUUUGUAAAGAGAAUUGGUUACCAGCAGUGUUACUUUGGUAAUUAUUGUUAUUAUUAAUAUUAUUAUUAUUGCUGUGUGCAAUUUUUGUCUGUUACUCUAGACUUUAAGGCUAUAUUUUAUGUAACUAUUUCCUAAAUAAAUAUGAGAAAUUA